AUGGCGUCUUACAUUUUUAUAUUGGAAAUAGUUUUUGUUGUAUGGGCUUCUUUCACCACUGUAAGCCCAACUACUGCAACUGAGUCAUCAUCAUCAUUACCAUCGGAAGAAGAAGAAGCCAAGGCUCUACUCAACUGGAAAGCCAGUGGCUACUACUUUCCUGAUUCCUGGGAUGCAAAUGAUACAAGCCCGUGUGAUUGGGAAGGAAUAACAUGCAACACAGCUGGAAGAGUAACAGUGAUAAACCUAUAUUCUUACCAAGGCCAAGUAUAUGCUGAGCUGCACAAGUUGAAUUUCUCCUCUUUCCAAUAUCUACUCCAUCUCGAUCUCUUUGAUAAUGGAUUUUCUGGAACCAUCCCAGAUGACAUCGGUACGCUUUCCAAAUUCACCUAUCUUGACCUGUCUUGGAACAAUCUUUCGGGCCAAUUGCCUUCUUCUCUAGCUAAUAAUCUUACCAGAUUAACUGAGUUGGAUGUUUAUUAUAAUCUGCUCAUGGGAGAAAUCCCUCCUGCCAUAGGUAAGUUGAGCAACCUCAUCAAUCUCUAUCUCCAUAACAAUAGUUUUAAUGGCUCAAUACCUCGAGAGAUAGGAUAUCUCAAAAAUCUCAAUCGGUUGGGCCUAUCAAGUAACAUGCUUUCAGGUUCAAUACCUACACAGAUGGGGAAUUUGAGAAAUCUAACAUGGUUGCAUCUAGGAUACAACAAGCUUUCAGGUUCAAUACCUACACAGAUGGGGAAUUUGAGAAAUCUAACAUUGUUGAGCCUAGGUGGUCACAAGCUUUCAGGUUUAAUACCUACUACAACAUUCGGGAAUCUUAAGAAUCUCUUUGUGUUGGACCUGAGUAACAAUAUGUUUACUGGUUCAAUCCCUAUGGAAAUUGGAGAUAUGGAACAUCCGAUUCAACUUAAUCUCAGUCACAACAGGAUUUCAAGUUCAAUACCUACUACAGCAAUCGGGAAUCUUAGGAAUCUCUCUGCAUUGGACCUGAGUAACAAUAUGUUUACUGGUUCAAUCCCUAUGGAAAUCGGAGAUAUGGAACAUCUAACUCGACUUAAUCUCAGUCACAACAAGCUUUCAGGUUCAAUACCUGAACAUUUGGGGGAACUCAAUUUUUCUAAUUACAUUACAUUGGACUUCUCAUACAAUAAUCUAGAGGGUUUUGUUCCGGACAAAUAG